AUGUCUGGGAGGCGUCUAUUAGACGUCAUCCAAUUUUUCAAUGUUUCUAAGUCAAUUGCUGUGAAGCAUCUGGCUAUUCGCCAGCAUCAACUUGAUGUCUAUACUCGGACUUCCUCCCUGACUAAGGGUAUCAAGGAACAGACUGAAGGGUUGAUCUUAACCGCACAAGCCGCUGCCGCUUUGGCGCGUAGAUUCGACGACUCGCCACCGAACCCGUCAUCCUCGUCCUCCGAUAUAUCGGCCGACUCUGCUCCACGGAAAUCAGAACCACAAUCAGGAACGACCUCCCCCACCUCGGACAAUGCCCGCCUCCACACAGAGCAACCUGAAGCUCAUGCGGAGAUCCAAAUUCCUGCCGCGACCGCGCAGUAUACCGGUGCUGAGAAUACCGAUUUGAAUAUUAGCCAGCAGCAGGAUGUUUACUACAAACCCUCGGAGCAGGUUGCGCCGAAUGUAUCUGCAUCGCCGCGUGUGCAAAUACCCAAGUCUGCUGGCGAUGUACAGGCAGGUAGUAAUGAUGGACUGAAUGCCGACGUGUUCCACGCGGCUACUGGCCCGGAAGGGAAGAGUGUCCCUGCUGAUACACCUGGCAAGGAGGAUAUCCCAGAGGAGAUGAUGCAGGGACUCUUCCAUAGUCCCCGUGUCUCGCGCAUGCUUUCGGGGAAACCCAAGCCGAGACCGGAAUGGAUCAAGGCACAGAGAGCUGUUCCCCAGCCCGUGCCGAGUGCGACAUUGGCGCCAGAGUCUGAAGCUGAAAUCACCCCGAAGGAGGAUGAAGAGAUCCAGAAGCUGGCUGCUAGUGUUGCUGAGGAGGUAGCUCCAAAGCAGGUUCCAACUGAGAAGGCCGUCCCGUAUCAAAUGAUGGAAUCUCGUGUGCCUUCUUCUCGGUUGGGUCGACUGUGGCAGUAUGGUGGAUUGGCAACAUCAAUGGCCUUUGGCGCAGUCAGUGAGAGUAUGCGCCGAGCUACUGGUAGUCAAGAAAGCGGCUCUAUCAUGUUCAGCGCGGGCAACAUGGAGCGCAUGGUAGCCAAGCUGUCGAAGAUGCGAGGUGCUGCUUUGAAGCUGGGUCAGAUGUUGAGUAUUCAAGACUCGAACAUGCUCCCCGAACCUAUUCAGCAAGUGCUACAGCGCGUCCAAGAUCGCGCCGAUUACAUGCCCGCCUCACAGCGCGAUAAAGUAUUAACCGAUAACCUCGGACCCAACUGGCGAGACCUCUUCUCCUCAUUCGAAGAAGUUCCCAUGGCCGCAGCCUCCAUCGGCCAAGUGCACGCCGCAGUGCUCAAAAGAACCGGCAAGCCUGUCGCCGUGAAAAUCCAAUACCCCGGCGUAGCAGACUCCAUCGACUCCGACCUAAACAACCUCUCCAUUCUCCUAACCGCCUCCCGCCUCCUUCCUCGCGGUCUCUACCUCGACAAGACCAUCGCCAACGCACGAGUCGAACUAGGCUGGGAAUGUGACUACAACCGCGAAGCUCAAUGCGGCGCGCGUUUCCGCAAACUUCUACACGAUGACCCUGUCUUCCUGGUACCAGAAGUGAUGCCCGAAGCCUCAGGUCAACAAGUUCUAACAAUGGAAAUGUUAGAAGGAGUUGCCGUAACCAAGAUCCAAGACUUCACACAAGAGCAACGUGACUGGAUCGGCACACAAAUCAUGCGAUUAUGUCUUCGCGAAAUCACAGAAUUCCACUACAUGCAAACCGAUCCCAACUGGACGAACUUCCUCUACAACGCCCGCACAAACAAACUGGAACUUCUCGAUUUCGGCGCUUCUCGUGAAUAUCCUACCGAAUUUAUCUCAACAUACACCCGGACCCUUGUCGCUGCUUCUCGGAAUGAUAGAGAAGCUUGUCGCGAUCUCUCUGUGCAAUUGGGAUAUCUCACAGGCCUUGAGUCGAAGGCUAUGGCUGAUGCGCAUGUUUCGUCGGUUAUCACAAUCGCGGAACCAUUCAUGCAGUCUUCGCCGGAUUUGUAUGAUUUCCAAAAUCAGACUAUCACCGAUCGUGUGCGUGCGCUUAUCCCGGUUAUGAUUCGUGAACGUCUUGCGCCGCCCCCCGAGGAGACUUAUAGUUUGCAUCGCAAGUUGAGUGGUGCGUUCUUACUUUGUGCGAGAUUGGGCAGUCGAGUUCCUUGUAAGGAGUUGUUUGCGGAGGCUGUUCGGAAGGCUGAAGCUAAGGGUUUAUUGGUGCCUGUGGCUGAGCAGAAAGCGUAG